AUGAAUUCUGUAUCCCUCCGUCUAGUGGCUCUCGCUGCUUUACUCUUUGCAUCCUUUACCCUAGGAAAAAAUGAUGUCAACCCUAAGCUAGUCAUAAGUGAGGUUUCACGAAAGAUAGACCUUUCGACCCAGCUCACUAAAAUCAGCACUUCUCUAACGAUCGAAAAUGGAGGCGAUUCAUCAACAGGGUUUUUCCAUCUCGCCAUUGAGCCGUCACUUGUGGAUAAACUUGCAUUUGUUGGAGCCACGGUGAGUUCUUUUCUUUAAAGCGCUUUUGGCCUAUAGAUCGAAAAUUGCGUGUUGUAACUCUUGGAAUCUUUUGUCUGCAAAAGGUGAUUGGUGAUUGUUUGCCACGUACGAAUCGAAGCAAUAAUGUCGUGUUUAUUCCGCGUUGAUCUUUUAGGCUAGGAACCCCGAGGACGAAGAAUCAAGUUUAGUUUUGUCCGAAGUAGAUAUCAGUUCACACAGGUAAACAUAGGCGUGUUUAUGAACGUUUCAGUUAAACAAUAAGCAAAAUUAGCUUAAAUUGUUUUAUGACUGAAAGUAGCGUAACGUGCGUGACUCAUGAUCUUUGAAUGCACAUUUUAUAACUCUGUUCCUUUUAUUUUGCUCUUAAUUGGGUUAUCAAAGUUUGAGGAUAAAUUUGAAAUCAUCAGCAAAAUUCAGCGUGGUCCAGCAGACUUCCGUUCGUCUCUCUACAUGCGAGUCACAUACGUAAUCCAUGUUGAAUUUCAUCGGUUGUCUGUUACUAAAAUUUCUUUGAUGUAUCUGAACACCCUUCUCUAACAGACAUCUAAGCAAGGUAAAUACAGCCGCUUUUUUGAAAUGUAGAACUUCACGUAUGAUGAAUUUAAUGCAAACAAGGAACAUUCUAUUGCUCUCACUUAUUUGCAUUAGAUUCAAAGCACAUGAAAUGUGAAGUGGGCCUAAGUCCAGCAUUGAAAGAAUUGACCGUGCUUGAUGUGUAUUUUUGUUUUAACUACACUUGUUAACUCUCCGAGCCAAAGUUCAUCUACAUGUAUUAUCUAUCGUAAGCAACAGCCUUCCAUUGACCUCUUAAACCCCAAUUCUCUAGACUGAUCCCAAAGAAUAUUUGGGGAGAGUUUGGUAAAAGAUCAUAGCAUUUUUCCUUUGGUGAUUCAUCCUUUUCUUUUGAUGAUGUAUCGAUAUUAUUGGGAGAAAAUUGAUAUUUGUUGCUCUUGGGACUGAAAGGGCCCACCCAUGAUAGCAGUUUGGGUGGUUAGUUGUAAAUGCCUUGUUCAUUUAUUCAUGUUCCCUAUUUUGUCACUGUAUUGUUUCAGUGAGACAAAGUUUUUCAAAGUUGAGCUAGGAUUUCGUCUCAAGCCAGGAGACUCUGUUGAUGUCACAACUGAAGAGGUGUUUGUGCAUGCCAUGACUCCCUUUCCAACCAAGAUCAGUCAAUCUGAGAAACAGUAUGUUGUCUUCUCUGGAAAUCACUACUAUUAUUCUCCUUACACUGUAAAAAAGCAAACCACGACUGUCUCCUUGGCAACAUCCUCUGUUGAGUCACACACUAAGCUUAAACCAUCUAGUCUGUCAGACAACGCCGUGACAUAUGGACCGUACAGUGAUGUUGAAGCAUAUUCCGCAGAUCCCAUGAGAGUGCACUUUGAAAAUAGCACCCCCUUUCUCUCGGUAAGUUGUUAUGCAAGUAGCUUUCAUUAUUAUUCCAAGCAAAAUACGAGGCCGUAAUACAACCGUAGUGUCCUGGUUUGAAGGGUGAAAAAUCAAAAGGAGCAACUGUGGCUGACAGAAUCAGGGAUGAAAAUAGAAGCCAAAAUACCAUUUUUCUUUUGCAGUAAAAUAAUUAACCUCUCAUUCAAUGGUUUGAUGUCAUUUUUUGAACUCACAGACAGAAUCAGGAUGUCUCCACCUUACCAAAAAAAACUUAUAAUUUUUUUUUUUUUGUUUUCCUUAUUCGAUGGUUUAGCAUAUAAUAUGAGCGGAAUUUUUUUAAUGUACAGUUUUGCUAUUGUUGUGGGAUGAAAUAUUAUUGUACUGUUUACUGCUAUUGUUGAUUAGUGCAUGUGAGAACUGUCUGUGUGACACCUUGAGAACUGCUCUUGCACACCUUUUAAAUAAUCCAGGACCUUUUACCUUAUUAAAAAAAAGUAUGCAAAGGCAGUUCUCACAGCCGAGGCUUGGCAAAAAAAAAUUAAUGUAAUGAAUAAUAUUGUUAUAACAGCAUCUCUUUGUGAGCUUGCAAGCUGUUCAGAAUGUUGAUGGUAUUUUUUUGAUUUUCCUCUACUUACUGUACAAAUAAUAAAGGUUGUUGGUAUGACAAGGACCAUUGAAGUUUCUCACUGGGGAAACAUUGCAGUUGAAGAAACCUACCACAUGAAGCAUGUUGGAGCAGAGCUCAAGGUAUUUUUCUUUUACCCCUUGGUACCUAGUUUAUGUAAGGUGUGUGGUUUGUCCUAACCAUUUGUCAUAAAUAUCUUUUGAUUGUUAUCAUUGUUGUUAUCAUAUAAUUAGGUAUAAAUUUGAGUAUGAAUUACAGACCAGUCACCCAUGGUACCCCAUAGCUACAACCAGUUGCAAAAAUGUUGAGACACCCACAAAAAAAAAAAACGACCUUUCUUGCCUCAAAUCGCUCCUGGUCACAGGUCUGUGAGAUAUAAUGCUGACUUCCCUCCUCCCUCCCAUUCAAAGUUGUUCCUCCAAGUUUUGAGUAUGGUUUUGUAUUGCUAGCAACUUUGAUAAGGGGUGGAGGGGGGAUCACAAGCACAAGAUCAUGGACAGGCCAUUUAUCCCAAAAUACGGUACAGUUUCUCAAGUACCAACACAUGAAAGUGUCAAAUCUGUCCACUUUGUCCAUUUCCCCACCUCUUGGAAACGUGAAUUGCAGCCCACCUCCACCUCUAACCUUAACCCAGCUCUAACUCCCCCUCCCUUGCUGUUGUUUAAAUGCGCCAGCACCACUGGCUUUCUUUGGUUAUUUUCAUUAACUUUUCCUGGCAUUAUUCGUCCUUUUUUAGGGUUCAUUCUCCAGAUACGAUUAUCAACGAACUGCAGCUCCAGCAUCCAUCAAAUCCUUCAAGUCAGUUCUCCCUGCGGCUGCUAGUGACGUGUACUACCGUGAUGAAAUUGGCAACAUCUCCACUAGUAACCUGUGGUCCCAGGAAGAUUCUGUGGAGCUUGAACUGCGACCAAGGUUUCCCUUGUUUGGUGGCUGGCAGACCAGGUUCUACAUGGGCUACAAUGUGCCCAGUUAUGAGUACUUGUACAAUCUAGGUGAGCGGAUAACAGAAGUGUACUUCUAGAUUGUAAGCAUUUCAAUCCUCAAGUAAGAGCCACACUUAACGAGAUUGAUUGAAACCAUAACUUGUGAAAUGUUUCUGGAAUCAGAUUUGAGAAGCAGUUAACUAACUGAACACUUCUGGAAAGUUACAAAGCAGUGUUGUCUUAAUUUUUAUUAUUCAUUUUCACUUAACCAGAUGUUACAGACAUAAGCUUAACCUUUUUCACAGUCACCUUUUGGCGACUUAAAAGUGUAAAAUGGUCUCUAGACACUCAGGAUUAAGUAAAUAGAUAAAAAGGCCAGUUUGUGAAACAUUUCAUAAAAGGGUUAAAAAUCAAAAUGGCUGUCAAACUAUCACAACUGAACUUUUGGGUGAAUGAGGUGAUCUAUAAAGACAUUCAUUGGAAAGUAAAUAUAUUGCAUGCAAAUGUUUAUCUCAUCUUAAUUUAAGAAAGACCAGUAACUUACACUAACUAUGAAAAACACCAUGGUUUGGUUGCAUUACUUAAAAAAUUGGGUUUCCCAAAAUUGGCAACCUUUGCUGGAGUAUUAGUCGAUAAGUUUUUCCUACUUACUAUGGCAACAAAAAUGUACAACUACUUACACAUAUUUUUUGUUCUACAAUGUUACCAAGAUAAUAAGAUGCUGAUGAAUAUUUAUGUUAAUUGUGAUCCCAUUGUAGGGAACAGAUACAUUUUGAAAAUGAGAGUUGUCGACCACAUCUUUGAUGAGUUUGUUGUGGAUCACCUUGUGUUACGAAUUAUUCUCCCUGAAGGAUGCACGUAAGGGCUUUUAUUUCAUCAUAAUACUAAUAAAUUAUGUAAUCUUCAUAAAACCUGACCAAUACUCUGAGGGUUGCUGCUUAAUUAAUGGAGGUUCAACUGUAUUUUAUUUUCCUUUAGUGAUAUUCAACUGAAGACUCCUUUCAAGAUGGACGAGGGCAAGCGUGAGCUACAUUUUACAUAUCUUGAUACAGUUGGUCGUCCAGUGAUUGUUGCACACAAGUCUAGCUUAGUGGAGCAACACAUUCAGGACUUUGAGGUACAUUCAGCAAAAUAAUAUUCUUCGCUAUGUAUGGUCACUUUUUCUGCAAAACAUUUGAACAGUUGGCAUUAUUCUUGUGAUAAACGUUGUUAAUAUACAUGUAACAUAUUAUUACUCUAAUAUUUAUGAGCGGAGAGAACUCAAAAUAGGCUCCUUAGAAUUGCAACUUUGCAGUACUAUCUCCAUUAUAGCACACUUAAACUCUGCCUGACCAGAAAGUCUUGCUUUACUGUGCUUUCAAAAACACACAAACACUGAAGUUCAAAAGCUAACUGUUGUUUGCGACCUUGGCUGCUGUUAUUUAUCUUAGUGGACCUUCGGAAACGGAAGUUUACUAAUUAACUAAUUCAAAAGGUCAUGGUUUGCAAUUUGAGAUGGGUGGAUUCCGAUUCGUUUUGUGUCUUUUAAUUUUCAUUGCUUGUGAUCAUAAUUAUGAUUGACAGCAAUUCUUAGUAAUGUGCUACAAUAACUGUCUUGUUCUGUGUGUUAUUGGCUCCAGUUUUAAUCUUUUAAAAUUUUUAAACUUCACAUGCCAUUGACUACAUGUUGUAAGUGUCUUCAAUUUUACAUUGUGUACUUGACCCUCCCAAAAUACCUGAUGAAUCUGAGAGAAAAUUGCUUCAUGCAGAAAAUGUCAGUCACAGUGUGCCAUAGUAAUGAACAAUUAUUCCUCGAGCCCGAAUGGGCUCUGAGCCAAUAGCCCAUGACGCCGAAGGCCGAAUGAGCUAUUGACUCAGAGGCCAUGACGGCAAGAGGAAUAAUUGUUUUAGUAAAGUCCAACUAGCUGGUGAAGAAUAUUGAGACAAAACAACUUUAGCUGGUUAAAGCGAGACUUUAAUCCUUUUUUUGCCGCCAAAAAGCCAGCGCUUUUGGUACUAGUGGGCUAUAACAUAUAGCCUAGUAGUAGCUGAACCAAUCAGAAUGCAGCAUUGAUAAUAGACCACAAGUUGGAUUUUACUAUUAACUAAUACUAAGCCCUUAAUUUUUUUAAUAUUAUUUUCUCUUUUAACCAUUUCUACAGCUCCACUAUUCCUUCAACAAAGUGUUAUUGUUACAAGAGCCACUUCUUAUUGUUGGUGCAUUUUACUUGCUCUUCAUGGCUGUUAUCAUCUACAUGAGGCUAGAUUUUGCAAUCAGUAAGGUAAUAACAUGGUCACUGGAUGUUGUGUUGCACAGCUGUAUUUCUUAUAGAGCUAUUCUGUAAAAUUGUUUCUUAUAAAUGGUACCAAAAAUCGUUGUAGAAUCAAAGAAGAGUUAAGUUAUCUGAAGUCUUCUGGCCACGUUGCUGUAAGUUCAAACCAUUUUUUGUGGUUUUUAGGCCAUACCCUUUUUUUUCUUAGUUUACCGUCGAACGCGUUUCCCGAUAUUGGGUCGGUCGGUCGGAUUGAAACAAAAAACCUAAAAAAAAAUCACAAGAAGUCUCGGAAUAGUAGGCCCUGGUACCCCAGGACGACGUUAAAAGUUAACAUUCACAUAUUUGGAUUAACAAAAUGUACAAUAUACUGUGAAAAAUGUUCAUGUUUUUGUCCCUGUUUUUCUCUAUGCUGUUACUAUGCUCAUUUUUCGGAUUAAAAGAAGAAAUUUCAAGUGAAAAAUAGUGUAACUACGUCGUUACUUUUUUUUUUUGAAAAUGCCAAAAAUUUGGGUCGGUCAGACGACGGUAAAAGGUGAAAAAAAAGAGGAUGGCCUUAUGCAGAAAGAACAAAUUUCACUUGAUAGAUUUUAUGCUUUACAUGUACCUUAUUUUAACAGCAAGUGGUCUUGGAUGUUGGAAAUGGCCUACGGUUUCUCACAUUGUGUACUUAAAAAGCUUUCUAGGCAUAGUGAUUUUGUUACCUCUGCGUCCUGCGUCCCUGACACAUAGAAAUCCCCAACUGGAAAAAACAAUAGGCUAAUUCCCAAUAUUUGGUCCUCCCAUCCUAGGAUGAAGCUAAUGAGUCCCGUAUGCGAGCUGCUUGUCUGAUUGAGGAGGUGCAACGUCUUUUGGAUCGCCAGAGUGGUCUCUACUCUGUUUACGCCGAUGCCAUUCAAAAGUAUAAGCAAAGCAAAGAUGCUACUGCAUUUGCUAAUGCACGUAAGAAGCUUGAUGGUGAUUACCGUGCCAUCAGCAAUCAGAUCUCGCAGGUGCAGGCUUCCUUAAGCAAGGAACAGCCUGAGGCUGCAGAAAAGGUUAGAACAAAGUUGUCAGUUGCUAGUGACACAAAAACCUUUGGCACAUUCUUGUAUGCAAAGGCAUCAACUCAAGGCGUGGGUUUUUUUUUCAAAUUUUCCACCCAUGCCUUGACCUCAUUUCACUGUGUGACCUUACUUGAGUGAAGUGUCAACUUCGUCUAAUGCCUGCAUGAUGAGCAUUUUUUUCCAAACUUUAUUCCUGUACUGUUCCCUGUCCCUACUUGGUAUCUAGAAAAAUAUUUUAAGCCGCCAACUCAGUUUUGUCCCAGUUGUUCUCUAGCUGCUAGAACAGUGCAGCAGUGUUCAUGUGACAGUGUUUAAGUUCAUAAUGUAAUAAAUAUUAAGACACCUUCCUAAGGUAGACAAAACCAGUUGGACAAUCUGUCAGAUGUCUUGUGUUUGUCUAUUAGUAAACUCUCUGUAGAGAUAUGCACCUUCUUAAUAAACAAAAACAUUAAGAGCCUUUUCUGAAGGUUCUUGCAUACAGAAAUCAAGCCAUCCAGAGACUGCCUCUCAUCUGAUAGUCUAUAGACAAUCCUUCUGGUUCGAAUAAUAUUAAGUAAAGCGAAGCUGGUCAUCAGGAAAACUGAGAGAGUAGGAAGAGGAAAGUCUCUCUCCACCCAUCUCUGUUUUUGUCUCCUCCCAGAUUCCACUUUUCCUACCUAAAGCCCUGUUUGUAUGGACAAAACCUGUCCCCGUUAGAAGGGAAACCCUCCCAGCCGAGCCAAUUUUAGCAAGAGUAUAUAAUGGAAAAUACAUUUCUAACCCAAGCCAACACUUCCAUAUGCCCUGAGUGUUUAAAGUGGCGUUCCCAUGUACUCUGGGGGAGCCAAAGUGUUAGUUGGCCCAGCUAGGAGGGCUCCCCCUCUAGCAAAGACAACUUUUUCUCAUCUAAACUAUUCGCUACAUUUUUAAAGAAAUGUAUGAAAAGUUGGCUCGCUCAGGGAAGCUUGGUUAGGUAGGUGACCCUUUAAUCCGCAGCAAUUUUCUACAUAUAAAAAGCAGAGGCCUUAUUCUUCUUAACUUUUGCUUUUUACUUAUCUAGAGACCCUGGCCAUGGGCCACCUCCUUUUUUUCGUGGCUGCAAGGGGAGGCUGUAUUUGCAGGCCAAUCUUUAACUACGGUUACUUGUUUUUUCUUUGACAGCUGACUGAGCUGCAGCGCAAGGAAAACGAGAAGAAGCAGCUGUUGGACUCAGCCAUUGUGAUGGCUGAAAAGCUGGUGAAUAACCGUUUGAGCAAACAAGGCUAUCUGGAGGGAGAAGGCAACAACAAGACCAAGAGGCAGAAAUUAAGUGCUGAGAUUGAAAGCUUGGCUGCAUGCCUUUGAUGAACCCCUCAGAUACCUCGGUGAUAAUUUUCAUUGACGUUCCCUAAUGUGGUUGAAACCCUCUACUGUAGUGGCUCGAGAGAGUCUGGUUUGU